AUGAUUACAAUGGUAACACUUUUAUUCUCGCGAAUCUUUGAAUCACUUCGUCCUCCAACAGCAUUGGGACAUGGUCUUGCGAGUACGGCUUCAUCUACUCAUUUUCUCCAACAAGCUUCGGUCUCUCAGUCAUCAUACUCGGCAGUACAUCCCGAAAUAUGCCCACGAGAUCGAACUGUACGGACACUUGCUCCUCUUCUUGACGAGCAUAGAGUAAUGCACGUGCGGGGAACCCCUGCGUCAGGGAAGACCGUUCUCUCAAAUCUCUUAUGCGACUUCUUGGCUCAGACAGAAAAGGUUAUACUCAUAGCCAAGUGGGAUAAUAAAAGGUCUGCAGCACAAUUCCUGGCCGAGCAAUGUCAUGACUAUGGCUAUACUGAGGUGCGGCAGAGUGAUAUUCUCAAAAGUGACUUCAUCUUCAUCUUAGACGAAGCGCAGCAGACCUAUGUCGAUCCGGAUCUAUGGUAUAACCUAAUCAAAUCUCAGAGUCAGGGUUUGGCAGGACCACGUUUCUGCCUUUUCAGUUCUUACGGUAGUCCGACAACAGGCGCUCCUGACUACCCGGAAGCCACAACACCACCUAUCCUUCACUUUAGCCAACGAGUCUCCCUUACUAUAUCCGGUCACCCAGCUGCUCCAGACAUCUGUCUCUUCUACGAUUUACCUGAGUAUCAGGACUUCUUGGGCAGAUUUUACAAACGUUCAGAUAUUGAGUUCACACUCAAUACAGAAGUUCAAAAUUACAUAUUCUCACUCACAAACGGCCACCCUGGCAUGAUUGACUCGAUUCUAACGUAUAUCCGGAAUUUUCACCGAUCCCAUCUGAAACGCCUCAACGUAUAUGCGAUUACUCCGAAUGAGAUCCAGGAGGCCUUAGAAGAUGACCACAAACUCUUCAAUCAUCUUACAGUUUCUCCUGCUGGUAGAUCUCUACCGUCAAGGGAGAUGCAAAAAGGAGUUAUUGAUCCAAGCAUUGUCAGUGUGCUUCUUGAUAUUUUGCGGGAGGGCAGCAUCACAUUCGAUCAUAACAACCGAGGAAUCCAACUUUGUUUCCGAAAUGGGUGGGUACAUACUGAGGAGGACAAGGUCGGUCAGUUGAAUUGUGUCUUUCCUUCACCAUUACAUGCUAGUUCCCGCUCUAACAUUGGCCUAGCACUCGAGACGGCCGACGAAUCGGUCCAUCAGGCCAGCCACGACCUCCAGAAGCAGCAUUUCAAGAUGAGUUUUACAGGUGUUAUUGGUAUGAAGUUGGGCCUGGUGUUGGGAUCUGUAGCGAAUGGACAGGUACCAAACAGGGCCGUGUUGACUUUCAUAUCGUUGAACCUGGGUGGGGAAUUGAGUUACUGCGUGAUGGCGACAGAAUUACAGAUCACUGCAAACGGUUUCGUCAGAAUGGUGUAUAUUAUUCGUGGAUUCAGUGCGGCUUUCUCAAAGACCGGCUCAUAUUAG